UAUAAAGUAGAUACAGUCUCGGUUGCAGAGCACUCCCUUCAACCAUCAACUAGAAAUCACAAUGAUUUGGAAAUAUGUUCCGUCCAACGUUUUCUCCAAACAUUCAUAAUAACAAGAAAUGCCUGGAUUUCAUAGGUGCACCCCACACUAUGCACUUCAUCUCCGUUAUCUAUUCAGCAACGACACGAAAUACUGUGCAUCUUGAAAGGACACCAAAUACAUCGGAAGCAUAGUUUCUUUACCGAGAAUCUAGGUUUAACUUUCAUAUAUUUUGACAUAUCCAAGACCGAGAAAGUAAUUUUGGGGUUCGUUCUCCAAGUAUCGAGUCACAACAGAGUUGUUUCUGAAGUCUAUUACCUGAAACGUUCAACACUGUGGGUGGAAAUGAAAGAAAUAUCUUCGCAGUAUCAUAUCUAUACAACGCACUCUAAACAAUUCCACCGCUGAACUUUGACACAUUGCUGAUUCAACCCAUUAUUUUGAGGAUCACAUACAGGUUUGGGAGUAAUUCGUUUCUUUAUCAACACACAUACACAUAUGCACGACAAUCUGCUAUUUUACAUAUCAACAAUGGAAAUACAGCGUACAUUUUGUCACACGGAACAUAUUUACUAACAUAAUUUCCAGUUGAGACUAAAUUCGCUAAUAUGGGAAUAUACCUAAUAUAAUUCGCCAAUUAAUCUAAUGAAAUUUACAAAAUUGACGUAUUUAAAUGAGAAACCUUCUGCAAACUGGUAAAUUCUGUUCACAUCUCUCGUGUAAAAAUUCACCAAUAACACAAUAGUAAUUUAUUAGUUUCAUACUUUAAAACGAAAAUCAGAAAGGUUUAUCCGCAGCAUAUUUUGAUAAUCAUGUCUUUGAUGCCUUUAUGAGUAACGAAAUUACUUGCCCGUAUUCCAGAUAUUAGAAAUAUAUCAUAUUACAAUUAAUUUAAUAACUGCUUUUCUUUCAUUCAAGAUAAUUGAACAAAUUAUAAAAUUACCAGUAAUCUAAAUUCAUAAGAUGACAAUAUUAAAUUACACACGGAAACACUGAAAUUUCAAUUCGGAAUUAAUUCUGAAAAAUGAUGUCAAACAAAUAUUUUCUGAUUCUGAUACCGGUUAUAUCUAUAGUAAUUUCGAGCCCCAUGUACAAUGAUGAAACAUUAUUACAAGCGACUUUAUUAUCUAAUUAUAGCAAAAGUGUGAGGCCUGUUAUUGAUUCAUCUACAACUAUCAAUAUAGAAGCUGUUUUAUUUCUUCACACAUUCUAUGGUUUGGACUUUGUAAAUAACAUAGUUAUAGCUCGGUACGACUUUGGUCUAGAAUGGACUGACGAAUUUCUGACUUGGAAUCCAUUGGAUUACAACAACAUUACAGUUAUGUACCUAGAAAAAGAUAAGCUGUGGACACCAGAAAUCGCAAUGUGCAAUUCAAUGAAGGAAUCAGAAGAGAAAGGCAUCUUUCAGGAAGUAAAAGUUUCUAAUAAUGGACGUGUCACAAUGCGGUCACUAAAACUGCUGAAAACCUACUGCUCUUUCAAUGCUUUCGCCUAUCCGUUUGACCAGCAUGAGUGCGAAAUAUUCAUUUGCGUUGCUUUGCAUGAGCCUGUCCAUACCAGAAUAAUGUCACUUACAUAUAAGGAUUUAAAUUAUUCCCAAAACUAUAAGUGGGACAUCGACUACAAUGGUAUGAAAAAUGCUACCGACCACAGAUUCAGCUUUGCAGUUGCUGAUUUGCAUUUACGACGUAAACUCACAAUAGCUAUUGUAGCUAUGCUGAUUCCAACAAUAAUGAUGACUAUUUUGACUAUAUUUGUCUUCGUUCUACCUCCGGAAUCAGGGGAAAAAGUUUCUCUAGCUACGACAAUAUUUUUAUCAAACGUCUUGUAUCUUGUUGAAAUCGAGAAAACUACACCGAAGAAUUCCAAAUUCCCUUCACUUCUUAUGACAUACUUGAUGCUAUUAUCAUUCUUAAGUGGAAUCGCAACACUCGGGUCGGUGAUUAUAUGCAAGUUGUAUGUCAUUCAGUCAUCUGAUGAAAAGACAUCGAAUGUCCCAGAUCAAACGACAUACAAAUCUCGAAGCAACAAAAUUGCGGAUAUUUCAACAAUUUCCACGAGAGAGAUCGAUCCCGUAACUUUGAACUCAAAAUCAAAGACGAAAAGAAAAUGUGGUAUAACCGAAUAUUUUCGACUUGAUGAGGCAUUCCUGAAAAUUAGCAUUGUAGUAACAGUAAUAACUUCAAUAUUAUUUACUUCUUUCUUGUGUAUAGAAUAGAAGAAAAACUAGAUGAGCAAUACGUCAUAAUAGUAGAUUUAGAACGACGGGUGAAUAAAUAUAUAACAUCUUGAUAGCCGUAUUGCGUCUGUCGUUACGUUCUGAGUUCAAAUUGCGCCGAGGUCGACUUUACCUUUCAUCCUUUCGGGGUCGAUAAAUUAAGUACCAGUUACG